UCCCAAGUUGCAAAAGUUGAUUUCACGGAGGAUUCUCGUUCUGAAUUCCGGGAGAUUAUAUGUGACUCGCGGGCAUCAGGAAGCCACUACCGAAAUGCGGGAGACUCCCGCAGCUUCAGGGAGACUUGGUUUGUCUGACUUUCAAGUGUACUUUGAAGGUGGGCUAUAAGACUAUAAGACAGGAAUUUGCUGUGGAUGAAAAAAAGAUGAACACACUCCUGUUUUUUAUUUUCUUUGGAGGAACAACAUUGCAACUUGUGAAGUGUUUCAGUGAUGGCAAUUUUGAUGAAAUGCAAGAAAUAUGUACAACAAUGGACGCUAAUCAUGCUGACCAUCCCCUUGUCCCUGAUGGAACCAACUUUCCAUUUACAAUUACUCCUAGAAGUUUCAGAGCCACAGAUACAACCACACCUCUUACAGUGACACUCGGGACUACAGGGCAACCUUUUGUUGGUUUCAUGUUGGAGGCAAGAGAUUCUAAUGACGAUAAUCCAGUGGGUGUAUUCUCUUUGUUGGAUCCAGCUCAGAGCAGAUUACAGAAUUGUAAAGGGGCUAAUAGUGCAGUUACUCAGGUAGAUAACCAACCUAAGACUGAAGUAAAGGUCAACUGGACUGCUAACAAACUUGAUCAUUAUAGCUUUGUAGUUACAUUUAUUGGGUCUAAGAUUUCUUGGAAAAGAACAGAAAUUAUUACUCCUUCAACCACCACGACCGUUUCUACUUCUUAUUCUACCAAACCAACAGACCACACUACUGUUACUCAAGCCACAACAGCGUCUACAUCUCAGGAUACUUCAUAUUCUACCAAACCAACAGACAGCACUAUUGUUACUACAGCCACAACAGUAUCUACAUCUUAUUCUACAAGUACUGCCACAACACAGAGCACUAUGACAUCUACCACAGGUUUCUCUACAUCACCUACUACAUGGACCAGCACUACUGGUACUGCAACCACAACAACAAUACUAACAACAACACAAACAUCUGGCCCUGCAACAGGUAAAACAACAGCGUACACUACUAUACCAUCUACCAAUGUUUUCUCUACAUCCACCGUUAUGUCGCUACCUACAUCUCAGCAUACUUCAUAUUCUACUGAACCACAGGACAGCAAUACUGAUACUGAAACCUUAACAUUUACAUAUAAUCAUACACAAUGGUUUACAACACAGGACACUACUAUAAUAUCUAGCCCUGUUUUUUCUACAUCCACCAUUACCUCACUACCUACAUCUCAGCAUACUUCAUAUUCUAGCGAACCACAGGACAGCACUACUGUUACUGAAGCCUCAACAUCUAUAUCUGAUCCUACAAAAGGAUCGACAACACAGGACUCCACUAUAUCAUCUACCACUGUUUUUUCUACAUCCACCAUUACCUCACUACCUACAUCUCAGCAUACUUCUUAUUCUACCAAACCACUAGACAGGACUUUUGUUACUGAAACCACAACAUCCAAUCUUGAGACAGAUACAGCAACACCGCAUAAUACUAAAACAUCUAGCACUCUUUUCUCUACACCCACCAUUAUCUUGCCAACUAUAUCUCAGCACACUUCAUAUUUUAAUGAACUGCCAGCCAGCACUAAUAAUACUGAAGCCACAACAUCUACAUCUGAUCCUACAAAAGGGUCGACAACACAGGACACUACUACUAUAACAUCUAGCACUGUCCCCCAUUUCCUUGCCACCUAUAUCUCAGCACACUUCAUAUUUUAAUGAACUCCUUCACCCACCACGACCGUUUCUACUUCUUAUUCUACCAAACCAACAGACCACACUACUGUUACUCAUGCCACAACAGGUACUCUUACUCGGCUCUUACAACAGGUACAAUAACAGUAGACACUACUAUAAUAUCUACACCCACCAUUACCUUGGCACCUACAUCUCAGUGUACUUAAUUUCCUACCAAACAACCAGACAGCGCUACUGCUACUAAAACCACAACAUUUGAUCUCACCACAGAUCCAACAACACAAGACACUACUUUACUUAACUACUAUUGUUUUCUCUUCAUCCACCAUUACCUCAGCGUCUACAUCUCGGGAUACUUCAUAUUCUACCAAACCAACAGACAGCACUAUUGUUACUACAGCCACAACAGUAUCUACAUCUUGUAAGGGCUGGUGCCCGAUCGAGGCGUCCUCCAGGGCAUCGGAGGGCGCGCCAGGCCAGCGCCGAGGGUUAGUUGGCUAAUUAUCAACACCUGCUUUCAACAGCUUAUAAGCAGCGCCAACCAGCCACUCUUCGCUGGAUCUUUGAAGCUCGUGGGAGCGAAUCUAUGCCGGUUUCUAGACCGAGCCUCUGCUCUUUUUCCCCUUCUCUUCCUGCUAUCCCUUUGGAGAGAGUAUGAUCCAGCACCGCUGGCAUACUCCUCCCGCAUAAGUAGCUUCCUCUGUCCCUCUAUAAUCUCGAGUGUGGUGUAGUCGUGUUGAGCGGUGUGCUCCGCGGCUAACCCCCCUUUCUCUCGGGUCUGUGUGUCUGUGUUUGUGUGUGUGUGUGUGGUAGCCGCUGCGAGGCACGCGGUGUGCUCACCUUUUCUCUCCCCUCGCUGUUCCUCUUCUCUCUGGUGGAGCAGCGUUUAAUCCAAAAGCACCCCAAUUCACUUCUUUGUUUAGUCUGGAAGCUCUUUUGUUUUUACCUCGCUCCAUAAGAGGUAGCCGUUAGCUUCCGCGGCGAGUCUUGUUUACAUUCUCCCCUUCUCUUUCACUCACGCUGGGCGUGAGGUUUUUGUUUUCCACCCGUUUUUACUCUCCGCCCGUUUUCGUGGCUCCGCCCCUUUCGGCGGAGGCUCUUUAAAAGGCGAUUAAAGCGGCCGCAUCCCAAUCCGCUCGCUGGUGCAGCGGUUAGAGUACUGGGCUGCGAC